AUGAGAUCAAGGGGUUUAGAUAAAAAGUAAUUAAAAUUGUGGUAUCACCAAGCAUAAAAAUAUGUGAACAAUUGGAAUUAUAAAAUUGAGAAGCAGGUUUAUGAUUUUAUCUCAUAAAAUCGGCUUCUUGAAAAUAAAAAUGAGCUUACUGCAUUUUAAAAAGAAAUAAUUAAACUGUCAAUUUAAGUUGGGCAUAAGCAAUUAUAAAAAUAUUUAAAAUUAUAUUUCUUUUAAACCCCUCAUAAUUCUUGCUCUUCAUUUGCUACUAAUAAUGAUUAUGAGAACUUCAAGAUUAGCUUAAAAAAUAAAAAUGUAAAAAGAAAUUUCUAAGAUUUUGCAAAGAAAUAAAUUUUUGAUGGUUCUUUGUCUUUGAACUAUAUAGAUUCAGAGGAUGAUGAUCAACCUGAAUACGUAUAAUCUAACCUCAAUAAAUCAUUUGAUCUUUCAAAUCAUAUUUCACUAACCAAUAUACCAACCUAAAAUACAAAAAAUAAACCUUAAAAGCCCUAAUUUUAGAAACAAAUCUCCUCAAAAUUUAGCAAGCAAACAUAUUCGAUUAUACCAGAAAAUAUGUUUGAAAGUGUUGAGUCUUAAAGAGAUAUUGUUUGUUAAUUUAAGAGAGUUGUUAAUCGUCCUAUGUAAAAUUUAAAUGAAAAAAAAAUAAUUAAAGCCCCGAUAGUGUAAAUUUAUGGGUUGAUUGAUCAUCUCAGCAAGAAUCUUCCUUUAUUAAAAUAAACUGAGAUUGGAGAUUAAAUGAAAAGAAAAAAAGAUCAUUUAAAUCCUUCACUUGAGGAAUUUGUUGAUUAUAUCUCUUAGACAUUUAAUAUACUAGAUAAAUUAUUUUACAAUAAUAAUAAUGUAUUAAAUAUUAGCUCAAGUCCUUAGAAGCAAUAAUUUCAUAGUUCUGAUAAAUAAGCAUCAAAGACGAAAUUAACAUAAAUCUUUUCAUCCUCAUUAAAGGAAUCUUUGAAGGAUAAACAUUAUGAAGAAAAACAAAUAGAGUUCAAGGAUUAUUAUACAAUUUUUGGACUUGCACUUAAUGAUCAGGAUGAGCAACAAACAUUUAAUUAGUUUCUGAAACAAGAAUCCAUUUUUUUAUUUAAUUGUAGUAUAAUCGCUAAGAGACUUAAAUAAUACAAACUAGCAUAGAAACUCUUAUAGAAAAUAAACGAUCGGGUUAUUUCAAUUUAGGUUUCCUAUUCACUUUUAAACUUUUGUAAGGAUGAACCUACUUAACUAAUUUUAUUAAUUUAAAAUAUCUUGAUGGAUUUUUUAGUGUGUGGGAUCUCUAAAAUAGUAUCAAUCCCUCUUUGGAUUGAGAUUUUUCUGAUUAGAUUAAUUAAAUUAAAAGGGUGUAAUUAUGUUUUAGGAUUGCUAUCUGCUCUAGAAGAUUAGGAUACUUUUUAAUUAAUAAAAAAAAUAGUCUUACAAACUGAAAACUUACUUUGA